AUGUCCCAGUCCUUUCGAAACGUCGUAAGCCAGGUUAAGCUCUUCCUAGACAUCGCAAAGGACAUGCAUGGAGCCCUAGAGUCUGAGGAUGCGCAUGCCUUGCACAACUUGACUUUGGACUUUCAAGACUCCAGCAUGCAUGGCAUGGAGAGGGAGGCUGACGCCAUUCAGGCGGCCGUUAAUGCCGCGCAACGUCAUCUAGAGGGGGGAGAGCUUCAGCGCGUGCAAGAGAUAGCAGAGAGCAUCGCCAAGAAAGCCAGGCGAUUCAGAAAUUACUAUGUGGAGCUACGGCCCAAGUUGGACAGGCUACGUGCAAAAAUGGAGGCCAUUGCCACCAAGUGCCUGGAUGCUGAGAAGUCGUCAGAGAAGCUGAUCAAGGAAACCAGCAAGAAGCGGGACUUUUG